AUGACAUCGACAUUAGUUUCCGAAGUUAACGGCGAUGGUAGAAUCUAUCGAUUGAAUCAGCACGUUGCUGCUUUUAUAUCUUCUCUCGGCGGUUUCGCUCUUGGUGUCACAAUGGGAUGGAAUUCUAGCGCCGGGGAAACUCUUCGAAACAUCUUAAAUGUUAGCGAUACCGAAAUCGGCAUUAUCGGUGGUAUAGUGAAUGUUGGUGCUUGUAUCGGCGUGAUGUUUAUACUUUUUUUUAUCAAGUAUUUCAGCCGUAUCACAGCCAUGUCCUUGACUAUACCAGUAUUCAUCGUCGGUUGGAUGUUUAUUUGCUGCGCCGGUCAAAAAAUUUCUCUCCUUAUAAUUGGUCGAUUCGUAUGUGGUAUGAGUGGUGGAGCAUUUUGCAUUCUGACGCCGAUUUACAUCGCAGAAAUUGCAGAUCAGAAUUCACGAGAACGACUUCUUAUAUACUUUCAUCUUUUAAUUAACUGCGGAAUUAUGUAUGCCUUCGUAAUCGCCCACGUAUUAAAUGAAUACAAUACUAUAUGGAGGUACAGCUUAAUUUGUGCCGUGACAUGCUUCGUGAUUGCUUUGGUAAAUCUAUUGCCCGAAAGUCCUUUUUAUCAUCUCACGAAGAAUAACGAAAUAAAAGCGAAGGAUUCUUUAAAAUGGUACCGUGGCCAAACUUAUGACGAUAUUGAAAUAAAGGAAUUGAAAUAUCUUGUGAGCCAUUUAGGAAAGAUUACAAUAAAUGUCCUUAAAAAUCGAUACGUUAUUAGUUCCUUCUUUACAUGCUUUUUUGCGUUCCUGGCUCAACAAUUAAGCGGCGUUAAUAUUAUGAUUUUCUACGCAUUAACAAUCUUCAAUGUUGGCGGAUCAGGCGAUUUAACCGGAAGCGAACAAACCAUCCUUAUUGGUGGAGUACAAAUAUUGUCUUGUUUCCUAGCAAUGUGUCUAAUAGACAUAGUUGGACGACGAAUACUGCUAAUUGUAUCUUCGGUACUUAUGGGAUUGUUCCUGAUACUGUUAGGAUGGUUUUAUAAAUUAAAGGAUCAAGAUCCAGAGUAUGAUGACUUGUAUUUUUGGAUGCCGCCAACUUGGACAACUCUCUUUUUUGCCGCUUUCAAUGUCGGUGUCGGACCGAUUUCAUGGGCGCUAUUAGGCGAUGUUUUUCCUAUGCAAAUCAGAGAAACUGCCGUUGCAUGUGCAGCUGCUUUUAAUUGGGCACUAUCUCUAAUAGCAGCUAUAACAUUCGGAGAGAUGGUGGGUGUCCUUGGUGUCCCAAAGACUAUGUGGCUCUUUGCUGGCCUUUGCUGGAUAGCUGGAAUACUUUGCGCCCUACUUGUAAAAGAUACUCGUGGUUACAGUCUAGCCAAAAUACAAAAAAGCUUUAGUCUUGAGGAUGAACAAAUAGAAAUGAACAGUAUGGAGUGA